AUGAACUUUUUUCUGAUUAUUAUUUUCUAUUCAUUGAUUGUUGCAAUAAAUGCAAAUUUUAAUAUUAUUUAUCAAAUACCAAAUACAAGUUUUGUAGUAACUACACAACAAUUUCAAAUUGAAAUUGAUCAACCUGUUAAUCGACCUAAAUUUGUAGCAUUCAUUAAUGUUUCUAAUGCAACAUCAAACACAUCAAUUUAUCAAAUAGAUGUUCAUAAUAUGAGUAGCAAUGCAAAUUAUUCUAAUUAUACACUAACAUUCUAUAUACCACCAACAAUUUACAGCAUAAACAGUGAGUUUUAUAUAACAUUUGAUGCUGGUGUUUUGUUUUCAAACACUACAACUAAUUCAUCUGUUCUAAACGAUACUCAAUUUUGGCGAUUGAAAGUUCUUGAUAUGCCAUCAACCACAGGUAUGACAAAUCUCUUAACAUAUACAUCAAUGGGAACUACAUAUAAUGGAAAAACUGGUUCUACAAUAAUUAAUAAUAUUAUUAGUACAAUGGUUACAACAGCAAUGAUGUCUACAUCCAGUUCUAUGACUCAAACAGUUCAAAGUGUAACAACUCAAACUACUGCAAAUGUUGUAGUAGCAACCACUACCGGUGAAUCUCCAGCAACUCGUUCAGCACGAUUAGGUAUGGGUUUUGGUAUUACAUUCAUUACAGUAAUAAUCAUUUGUGAAAUCAUCUACUUCAAAUACUUUUAUCGUGGUACUACACGAAGUGGCAGCUACUAUACAUAA